AUGGUUGGCAUCCCCAGCCUUCUCCAGGGGAGGCUGAACAUAAGGAGUUGCCUUGUAGGGUCCUUCCUGGAGCUGGGUAGGAACCGGCAUCCAGAAUCGGCCAACUUAAUGAUACCUGUCCGAGCUGUGUCCACAGCUCGUUCAUCUGAAUAUUUUUACUAUAAUGGGUUCCAGUUGGAAGCCAAGACACAGAAGGUUAAAAUGAAAGCUGUAUUUUCUGAGCUCAGGGAGGUGGCCAGUUCCGGAUCUGAAUGGUGCCCCAUGUACAAUGAUGUGCAUGUGAACUUUACUCGAGAAGAGUGGGCUUUGCUGGAUAUUUCCCAGAGGAAUCUCUACAAAGAUGUAAUGCUGGAGACCUACAGGAACCUCACUGCUAUAGGCUACAAUUGGGAAAGUCAUAAUAUAGAAGAGCAUUGUCAAAGUUCUAGAAGACAUGCAAGACAUAAAAGGACAAAUACAGGAGAAAAACCUCAUGAAUGUAACCAAUGUGGUAAAGCAUUUGCAUUUAACAGUAGACUCCUGCUACAUAAAAGAUCUCACACUGGAGAGAAACCUUACAAAUGUAACCAAUGUGGUAAAGCCUUUACACAGAAGAGUCAUCUCCUAAUACAUGAAAGAACUCACACCAGAGAAAAACCUUAUGACUGUAACCACUGUGGAAAAGCCUUUGCACAUAAUAGCCAUCUCCAAAUACAUAAAAGAACUCACACUGGAGAGAAACCUUAUGAAUGUAACCAAUGUGGUAAAGCGUUUGCAUGUAACAGUGAUCUCCUAAGACAUAAAGGAACUCACACUGGAGAAAAACCUUAUGAGUGUAACCAAUGUGGUAAAGCCUUUACACGUAACAUUAGUCUCCUGCUACAUAAAAGAAAUCACACUGGAGAGAAACCUUAUGAAUGUAACCAAUGUGGUAAAGCCUUUGCACGUAACAGUAUUCUCCAAAUACAUAAAAGAACUCAUACUGGAGAGAAACCUUAUAAAUGUACCCAAUGUGGUAAAGCCUUUGCAUGUAACAGUAGUCUCCAAAUACAUAAAAGAACUCACACUGGCGAGAAACCUUAUGAGUGUAACCAAUGUGGUAAAGCCUUUGCAUGGAACAGUGCUCUCCGAAGACAUAAAGGAACUCACACUGGAGAA